AUGAUGGGACGAAUGCAGCCGGGGCCGCCAAGGCCGUUGGAGAAGAGGGCGAAGGAACCAGGCUGCCUCGGUAACAUGAAGGACCGAGUUGACAACCAGGCUAACGGCUCGGACCACAGCGCAGGAGUGGGUGGUGCGAUCGAUUCCGGUACCGAACUGGGGGUGAUCAGAACCUGGAAAGGUGCAGCAGCUGGACGUCGCAACGGUUUUGAGAGCCGACCCUUGCUCCUUGCUCCCUCGCUCCUGGUGCGUUGUCCAAGAUCCGUGUUGGUACCCGUGAUGAGAGAGCGCCGUCCGCUGGCAGGGAACCAAGAUGUUGCCAUGUUGAGAGCCCGCAAUCUAAUCAAAUCAACACAGGCUUCAUUGGAAGAGGCGCGGGCUUGCUGCCCGCGCAUGCAUCCUCAUCACGCGGUGAGCUCUCUCCGGCCUCAUCGGUCCUGCAACAAAACGGGUCAGAUGGGACUCGGUGGACUGAUGAGACUGGCCCUUGGCGAUUUGGGGGUGUGUCCGGCAGCUGUGAUUGGCUUCGUUGCAUGUUCGGCGCGAUGUCACGACGGCUCACGGGAAUGUCAAAGUGGAAGGCUGGACCCCUGA